CUUCGGAUGCCUUAGUAUCGCUCAGCAACUUCAGCGCGCAUCAACAUGGCCUCAGCGAAAUUGCUGCUCUUCACUGCCCUGGUGGCCGUUAUGGCCGCCAACUGUUCAGCGGGGCUUCUGGAAAGCUUCUUUUUCCCCGCCGUCAUGACGGAGUUCUACAAUGGGGCGCCCACAAAGGAGGGAUACCGCUUCAACAUCGAUGAGCCCAAUGGCAGCAAGCGUGAGGAAAUGGCCGUCAUCAUGAACCCGGGAACAGCCGACGAGCAGGUGGUGGUCAUGGGUACCUACUCCACAUACGAUGAAAAGACUGAUACCGAUACUGUGACUAUGUACACCGCCGAUAAGGAUGGUUACAAGGCCCGCUACCAAAUCAAGAACCGCAAACUGAGCGCCGGAGCCCUGAAGUCCGCUGCAGGAUAAACAUUUUCUAGAUUAAAAUUGUAAAUAAAAAAUAAAAAAGUUUAGUAUUCCAUUGCUGAAA